UGUGUGAGGUGAAGGCUGAGGCCAGGGCCCACUACCCACAACACGCCGCCACACACAACAGCUCCAGCCACAACCUCUCCCAAUACUUCACAACAACAAUGCCUAAGUUACCACAGAAGAAAUAUUAUCGCCAGAGAGCUCACUCCAACCCUAUUGCUGACCACAACUUUGAUUACCCAGUAUGUUCAUCUACAAUGGACUGGAGUCCAUACUUUCCCAAGUACUUCCCCGGAGAUGGUACAAAAAAGGUGGAAUUUGCUGACAUUGGAUGUGGCUAUGGAGGAUUGUUGGUUGCCCUUGCCCAGAUUUUUCCCGACACGCUUAUGUUAGGAAUGGAAAUACGCGUGAAGGUGUCGGACUUUGUUGUUGACCGCAUUCAUGGCUUGAGAGAUGAGAAGAAGGAUGUGCCUGGAGGAUAUCAAAACGUAGCCUGUAUCCGUACUAAUGCAAUGAAGUACUUGCCAAAUUUCUUUGAGAAAGGACAGUUGAGUAAAAUGUUCUUCCUGUUUCCUGAUCCACACUUCAAAAGAGCCAAGCACAAAUGGAGAAUUAUCAAUUCAUCUCUCUUGGCAGAAUAUGGUUAUGUUCUGCGUGAAGGGGGCCUUGUGUACACUGUGACGGAUGUGAAGGACCUUCAUGAGUGGAUGGUUCACCAUUUUACAGAACAUCCUUUAUUUAAUCGUGUGGAUGAGGAUAAUUUGGCUGACGAUCCAGUGGUACAGUACCUAUAUGAGAGCACCGAAGAGGGUCAGAAGGUGUCCCGCAAUAGUGGAGACAAGUUCUUGGCUGUUUUUCGCAGAAUGCCAGAUCCAAGACAACUUGGCAUUUUGGAAGAGAGUGCAGUAACUUAAAAUGUAUCGGAUGAUUCUGUAAAGAUGUUACACUUUUAGAUAAUCAUUAAGUACAGUUUUGAAAUACUGUAUACUGUAUAGAUUUCUCUGAGGCAGGCUGGCAUACAAUAUACAAUUUGUAGUACUCUACCAACAUUUUAUAUAGUGUAUACAGUAUGCCCAAUAUUCCAUUAUGUAAUAGGGGAUAUUUCUAAAGAUCACCUAAGUUGGUCAAGAAAUUCUCUCAAACCAAUUGCAUAUAGUUUUUGCCAAAGAAGUACACUUAGUAUAUUUGAGGGACGUGAUCCAGGGUGAAGAAUUUACAUGACUAAUCUAUUCUUAAGCAUAACAUUCAUGCUGGGAAUGUGUAAAAUGAUGAAGUGUAGUACUAGAAGAAGAGGCAUAAGGCAAUGGGUAAGAGUUGUAGGGAGAGAAGCAGUGUAGGGCGAAGGGAAGAGCUAAAGGGCAAGAUGAACAGGCAUCGCAAGAGAAUAUACCUUAAAAUUAUAAAGUUAAGGCAAAGAGAUGAAGAUAAGAAAAUGUGGAGCAUUUGCACAAUAUGCCAUAAAUGAGUAUUUGUUGUUCCAACUUGUCCCAAUUGUGAGUAACAUUAAUGCCAUGUGUUCAACUUGUCCCAGUUGUGUGGAGCAUUAAUGUCACAUAAUUAACUUGUCCCAGUUGUGUGGAGCAUUAAUGUCACAUAAUUAACUUGUCCCAGUUGUGUGGAGCAUUAAUGUCACAUAAUUAACUUGUCCCAGUUGUGUGGAGCAUUAAUGUCACAUAAUUAACUUGUCCCAGUUGUGUGGAGCAUUAAUGUCACAUAAUUAACUUGUCCCAGUUGUGUGGAGCAUUAAUGUCACAUAAUUAACUUGUCCCAGUUGUGUGGAGCAUUAAUGUCACAUAAUUAACUUGUCCCAGUUGUGUGGAGCAUUAAUGUCACAUAAUUAACUUGUCCCAGUUGUGUGGAGCAUUAAUGUCACAUAAUUAACUUGUCCCAGUUGUGUGGAGCAUUAAUGUCACAUAAUUAACUUGUCCCAGUUGUGUGGAGCAUUAAUGUCACAUAAUUAACUUGUCCCAGUUGUGUGGAGCAUUAAUGUCACAUAAUUAACUUGUCCCAGUUGUGUGGAGCAUUAAUGUCACAUAAUUAACUUGUCCCAGUUGUGUGGAGCAUUAAUGUCACAUAAUUAACUUGUCCCAGUUGUGUGGAGCAUUAAUGUCACAUAAUUAACUUGUCCCAGUUGUGUGGAGCAUUAAUGUCACAUAAUUAACUUGUCCCAGUUGUGUGGAGCAUUAAUGUCACAUAAUUAACUUGUCCCAGUUGUGUGGAGCAUUAAUGUCACAUAAUUAACUUGUCCCAGUUGUGUGGAACAUUAAUGUCACAUAAUUAACUUGUCCCAGUUGUGUGGAACAUUAAUGCCAUGUGUUCAACUUGUCCCAGUUGUGUGUGAUAGAAGAGAUGUAGUCAUAAAACAGGUGGAUAAAGGGGGGCUCAGUAGUCCUGUGGGAAAAGAAGAAUUACCAUAAAGAGAUGGGGAGACAUCUGAAUGACACCUCGACCUACAAACCCAUCCUUAAUGGCCAGACGGCAUUAACAAAUGCCCAAAAAAGAAGCAGAACCCUUAUUCUGUCUUUCUUCAAUAACGGAGGAGGGAAAAGCCUCAUGAGAGUUUCUACUAGACACCUUCCUCUUUAAGUCAGAAAUACCAAAUCUUUACCUACUGCCUAAAAUACAUAGAGGUAGAUAAAGGGACCGGUACCUGGCCAGGUCGCCCAGUAUUAAGUGGUUGCAGGGCACCCACGAAACCAAUCGAUAAAAUAUGCACAGCCUUACUAAACCCCUUACUCCCCCUUCUGAAAGAGAUUGAAAGACACAACAGACCUCAGGAGACUGGACAAAACAAAUGAGGAACGGGGCCCGGUACCAAAUGGAGCAAUCCUGUUUUCCCUGGAUAUAGUUUCCCUAUACCUGAGCAUACCUCAAAGAGAGGCAGCCACAGUGGUUGCGGAAUUUUUUGAUAGGAAUGCAUACAAAGUGGGCAGGGAACUUAGGAAAGCAGGAAUCUUCAGGCCACCUUCCAAAGAACUCCUAACGGAAGCCAUUCUCCAUGUAAUGCGGGAUACAAUCCUAACAUUUGGAGAUAAAACCUAUAGACAGAUAAAAGGUACGGCGAUAGGAGCGUCCAGUAGUGUAGCAAUAGCUGAAAUAUUUGUACACGAGGUUUUUGAAUCCAAAAGGAAGAAUUUAGGGAAAGGACCGAACCUAUAUUUUCGGUACAUAGAUGACAUUUUUGGAAUUAUGGUAGGAAGCAUGGAGGAGAAGAAAUAAAUCCCUGAGGGACAAGCUGGUAUCGGCUAAAUUUAAAAAUUAAACAUACAAGCAAUGUAGCUAAACCAAUUAAAGAAGUGUAGUAAGGGCAGUUAAAAACCCAUUAGCGCCUUAUACUUGCUAGGGAUAGAACGAGAAAAGAUGGGCAAAUGCCUGAACACGAGGUCGGGUUGAGACCCACCAAGACUUGAACCUAAGCUAAACUGCCCUUACUACACUAAUUGGUUUUAAUUGGUAAUUAAUUGUCAUGUGUUCAACUUGUCCCAGUUGUGUGGAGCAUUGUCAUGUGUUCAACUUGUCCCAGUUGUGUGGAGCAUUAAUGGCACUAUUAGUCAGCAGGAGAAUAAUGUAUGAACUUGUAAAUAAUGUAAAACUUGAUUUAGUGUUUGUAAAGUUUUCAAGAUAUUGUUAAUAAAUAUUUUUGUUAAA